AUGUCUUCUCUCUGCACAUUACAGGCAUCCAGAGUAACCCAGAUGUUGAACAUCAGCGAGGUUCAGUUGCCUUUGCAGCUUCCUACAUUGUCCAGAUCCUCAGACAGGCUUCUGCAGCCUCUAUGGGACUAUUUCAUUUUCAACCACUACUCCCUCAUCUCCUCUCCCUUCUUUCCUGUCAUACUCUGCUUCUCCAGUUACUUCUUCUCCAGUCGCCCCUUAUACUAGACCUCCUGGGAGAUACGGUCCACUUCAUUCACCACUACAAGAUCCAGCAAGAGAGACGUCCAACCAUGAGGAUGAUGUCAAAGAGUAUUGGAAGGGCUGUGUAUAACCACUUUGUUCUGCCUGCUGUGCUGAUUCAAACUUGCUUUAUGCCUUCAGUGGUGCUGCCUACCAGUGCUCCAACUGUGGUAGAGGUGCUCAUUGAUGGACUUGCUGCCCUUCUUUUUGACACGCAGUACUAUAUGUGGCACUUUGUGCACCACAAGCAUCCACAACUGUAUCGGUGGGUUCAUGCCAUCCACCACGAAUACAUGGCAGCCUUCUCCUGGAACACCCAGCAACUCAGCAUUCCAGAACUGAUAACAGUGGGAUUCUGGAGCAACCUGGACCCCAUCCUGCUGAAAUGCCACCCUUUUACUACCUGGUGCGUCACCAUCUUCAGUAUCUGGAUGUCAGUGGAGGACCACAUAGGCCAGGGUUCUUCAAUUCCGGUCCUGGAGGGCCGAAACACCUCUGUUUUUCAUCCUCUCCUUCUAAUCAGGGGCUAAUUCAGACCUGGGACACCAGGUGAGUGCAAUUAACUACCAGGUAGAAAUAAAAAACUGAAGUGUUUCGGCCCUCCAGGACCGGAAUUGAAGAACCCAUGGGGUCUCAACCACCUGGUACCAUUUGGUCUGUUAGGAGGAGCACCAGCUCAUGACAUGCACCACCAGAAGCCCAACAGUAACUAUGCACCUUUCUUCAGCCACUGGGACAGACUUUUUGGGACUGCCAUCCUGUCAUGGAAGAUAACUGA